AUGUCUCAACAUCAUAUAGGUGGCUCCGAAAGGCAUAGGUUCACAACUGAUAUUAUUGUGCUUGGUACAAAACCUACAAAUAAGUAUAAUACUUAUUGUGUAUGUAAGGCUUGUGACGAAAAACUUAGCUGGGAAGAAACUUUAAAAAACCUAAUUACCAAUAAAAAAAAUAUUAUUAGAAAUCAUCUUAAAAAUUGUGAACACUUUCGUGCAAAAAGAGGGUCAGAAGAAACAGUAAGGUCAUAUUUAGAUGAUAUGAAUGAUGAAACCUCUAGUAUUUCUUCAAUACCUUUAAUGCCUAAAAAACUAAGAAAAAAAGCAUCAAAAUCUAAUAUUAUGUCUAAUUUCAUUGUCAAAGAUGUUGCUACAACAAAUCAAGCAACUCAGAAGUUUUUUAAGUUCUUAAAUCCAGCACUUACCCUUCCUACUAGACGAGCUUUAUUGAAUCGUAUUCUUGACGCUGAAUGGAAUAACUUCAUAAAAUCACGUGAACAAAAGUUAGAAGGAGAUGGCAUUGGAGUUACCUUAGCAUUUGAUGGGUGGAAAAAUAUUUUGAAACAAAAUAUUUUUGGUUCAUUAUUUAUUUUAUCAAAUGGAGAAGUUCAAGUUUGGGAAGUGAUUGAUAUUAGUUCAGAACGAGAGCGGAUGAUUGAUAUUAUUCCUAAAAUUGAAAAAAUGAUCAGUGAUACAUCAAUUAUAGGGGCAAAACUAUUGGCAAUAGUUUCUGAUAGCGUACCUGCAUAUACCGCUACUAGACGUAGGCUACGAUUGCAAUAUUCAGAAAUUGUUUUAUCCCUUGCUUCACUCAUCAAUAAUGAAAAAGUAUUAGCUAUGUGCCAAAUUCGUGCCUCAAUUAACUUUUCCCAACGCAAACAACAAGUUCAUACCUAUAAUACUAUGUAUAACCAAUCUAGCGCAUCACUAAUUGGUAAAACUAUAGAUGUACAAAAUGAAUUUGAAGCAGAUCUAGAUGAAGAACACAACGAGUUGUAUAAUAUAGAACUAUCAAAUCUUGAGGAUUGGAAAAAUCAAUUAUGCGAUUGGGAACAAAUGCUAACAGAUGAAGAGGUUGCUAGAUUAGAAGGUGAAAAGGAAGAACGUGAUAAUCAUGACAAUAUGGAAAGUGAUUUGCUAAGCAAUUAUAAACAUCCGGCAGUAGACGACAAUGCAAAAUGGAAAUUAGAGAGUUUAUUUAGU